UUCUACAAAAACUCAAAGUUAAAGCCAUUUGUAGCCAAAAUAAACACAAGAUUAAGUGUGUUAGUUGCACGUACAACGGUUAAGUGUCAGUGUGUUGUCAAAUGCAAUUCGGGCAGAUGUUUGUUGUGCGGAUAGUGUAGGCCAAAUCCAAACAGAGGAAACAUCCCCAACUUCUCGCUGUGCACCGAGCUAGUCCGCUAAUAUUUAAUUCCCGAAGGAUUAUAACAGAAAACACGCCAGAAUGUCCACGAAAUCAUCCAACAGCAUUGACAGCCGCACCGAGCUGGCCGAUCUUGUUAAAAGAAAGGCAGAAAUUUCGGAAACGUUAGCGAACUUGGAACGGCAAAUUUAUGCCUUCGAGGGAUCGUAUCUGGAGGACACCCAGCUGUACGGAAACAUCAUCCGCGGGUGGGAUCGGUACCUGACCACCAACAAAACCACCAACUCGAAGGCGGACAAACGGAACCGAAAGUUUAAGGAGGCGGAGCGACUGUUUUCGAAAUCAUCCAUCACCUCGAUGGCGGCCGUCAGCGGUUUGGUGGACACGAGCGACACCAAGCACGAGCGCAACUCGGAAUCCGACUCGAUGACGAACGACGAUUCGAGCGACAAUCAGGCCGGUGGUACGCAUUCCACCGUGAACCAUUCGUCGGGCGCGCGCGAACCCACCACCCCGGCUGCUGUCGCCGCAUCUGCCGGGACGGAUGGUGGUGGUGGUGGUGCGUUGAAAAAUUCCGUCAACAAAUCGUCGCUCGCCAACCAAUCGAAAGCCAACGCGGCGGACAAAUCGUCGUCCGGCGGUACGUUUUUGAACCGCGCCACUACACCCACCAAGGAGUCCGCCACGAACAGCACGUCCAGCUUGGCGAAAGAUGCGGCCGCCACGAACAGUAGCGGCAACACGCCCAGCAGCACCGCCAAGCACAAGGCGAGCAACAUCGGCUCGAUGAAGAAGGGCAGCUCGAACAAGAAGGUGCGACAUCGCUAGCGCGAAAAGCAACGGUGGCGCUUGGCGCGGCUCACCAUGGGCCGGCGCUGGGGCAGUUCUAGAUCUUAACUUUGUACACAUGUGACAUUUGGAUGUAUUCACUUUAAGCUAAUAAAUACGAUAAAUUAA